CAUUGACUGCCGUGCGGGCAGCACACACAUUCACAUUCUUCCCACUUUGACGCCGCGUGGACGCCUCCCGGCUCGCGCUUUGCUGCAUGUGGCUGCUGUUCACACUUUGCAUUUUCAUGAGGGCGGAACUGAGGUGCUUCUUCUAUUGUCUCCUCAACAUCCUGCUCAUUCUUCUAUGGACGCACAUUGAGGUGCAGCGUUCCGUGCAGACCGCCUAAACGUGGAGAGAUGCCUGCCCCGCCGCCCCCGGGACCCCCGCCUCCUCCGACGCUAGCACUUGUCAACACGGAGAGGCCGAGUCGCGGAGAGCAGAAGGGUCGCAACGCUCUCUUGUCCGACAUUUGCAAAGGAACCAAACUCAAAAACACUGUCACCAAUGACCGCAGUGGACCCCUGCUGGACAAACCCAAAGGAGGAGGAGGUGGAGGUUCAGGUGGUGGUGGUGGUGGAGGAGGAGGUUCAGGUGGUGGUGGUGGAGGAUUAGGUGGUGGUGGUGCUCCUGCUGGUUUAGGAGGCCUGUUUGCCGGCGGGAUGCCAAAACUACGCUCAGCAGCCAACCGAGACUCCAGUGACUCAGGACCCAGCAGAGGACCCGCACUCCCCCCAAGUCGCUUCAGUGGGGGCCCCAGCCCCUUCGGUGGGGGAUCCACGCGUCCUCCCAAGCUCCCAGGUGCGCCCGCUGUGGUCCGCGGCGGGGUUCCCGAUCUUCCCAAGAACCGCACAAAUCUCUCCUCGAGGCAAGACACUCCAGGGGGCACCCCUCCUCCCGUCCCCAACACCCCUCGACCCAACCAGAACUUCAAUCCCCGUGCGGCACUGCCCCCUCCGUCCCUUCCUACAGGACCCAGAUCCAGCCCUUCGUCCGGACCCCCACCCCCGAGUCUUCCUCCGGGGCGGCACGGGCCCCUGCCUCCACCCCCGGGUGGCUCCUCAAGACCGAGCUUCUCCUCACCGCCGCCCCCGCCGCCUCCAAAUAACAGCAGACCGCCUUUACCCCCAGCUCCCGGGGGGCGGCCCCCGCUUCCUGACGACCGGCCCCCACUCCCGCCGGCCCCAGUUGGAGGGCACCGGCCGUCCAUGCCCCGAGAUAUGCCCCCUCCGCCGCCUCCCGCCGUCAACGCCAAACCGCUUUCAUCUGUCUCCUCUCGCUCCGGUGUGGGGGCGCCUCCUCUCCCGCCGGGGCGACCGGGCCCACCUCCUCUGCCGCCGACGCCCGCUGUGGGGGACGACCACUGCACGCCUCGCCUCCCCCAAAGGAACACUUCACUAAGCACCUGUGGCUCUUCACCAAAUAUCCGAACAGGACACCUCCCUCCUCCGCCCAAUGGGAGGCCGCCAUCCUUCGGAAGAAACCAAUCAUCAGGCCGCACAGGCCCCCUUCCACCGCCUCCCCCUUCGGGCCGCAGCGUGGGCGGCGUCGGCAUAAGGUCAUCGCCGGGGCAUUCUCCUAUCGGGCGGCCGGGGUCAGACUCUCCACGGGGCGGGCCCGGAGGUAGACCCCCUCUACCGCCGGACAGACCGGGGACAGGAGGAGGUGGCGUCCCCCCGCCACCACCCAUAGGCAACGGCUUCCAGAACUCGCACCACAACCAGAUACAUGAUGAUUGGGAACUUCGGUUCACUUUCCAUCCCGUGUCGGACCUGCCUCCGCCCGAACCCUAUCAGCACUUCCCCAAGACUUACCCCAGCAAGAUGAGCAAGACUGACGGAAGAGGUUCAGCUAAAAACGAAAGAGGGGUUCCUCCUCUUCCUCCUAUACCCAGGUGAGGAAGACGUGCGAAGCGGACCUGAAGAACAGUGUUAAAAUAAAAAACAAAAAACAUUUUUCACAGGAAGAACUUUAGCCACCAAUCUGAAAGUGUUCCACAAUCACAAGGUUUCCACUUCCUGCUUUCCCCAUUUUGAAUUGAUUAUUCCUCACACAAAAUCCACAAUUCCCACUCUGAGGACAUUAGUGAGCACAAAACAAAUAUCACAUGCAGUCAAUCAGCUUCCUCAGGGGAUUUGCGUAUUAUUAUUAUUUUUUUUUAGGGUUUGAAUGUCAAAGGUUUUGUGCCUUAAGGAGAAAGCCAGGGAUUCGUUCCCCUUAGUGCCUUCGAUGAAAUAAUUAGAAUGAGAGUGAAUGGCCUUGCCACCGCUGCUGCAUCGGGGGAAAUGCAAUGUCCCAUUUCACCAACAGCCACGCGUGCCUUUACAGUAUGUUUACUUAUUUCUGUGCGUUACUGAAUGGUACUUUUUUUUUUUUAUAUAUAUAUUUUCACCAGAGUACACACUCUUUAAUUCACGUCCACAACCUGGAUGUCAUUGCACUCGGCUGCAACAACAGCACUGAUGUAUUUUUAUUUGUUUAAAAAGCGCCUUGAUCGACAAUGAAGGACCAGUGUACGUAUGUAUCCGUGUGGUAAAAAGCGAGUGGUAAAGUUGUUCUUACCAAAACUGUGCAGUAUUAAGUGUUGUUGUUUUUUUUGUUUUUUUUUUUGUCUGUGUGUUGCAACAUGAAUUAAUAAUACGAGUGGUGUCAAAGACAAUCCAACAGAAAUUGACAUCAAUAAAUAAAAGGAGCUGAUAUGUUUGUGCUCUACUUUGGCUGAUGUGUGAUUUCUAUUGAAACAAAUCUAUCACUCCAACACGCAGUUAAAUAUAACAACUUUGCUGAAACUGAAAAGUCCAGUUACGUUUGAAAGCGUCAUUCACUGUGACCUAUCACGAUUCUCC